AUGAAGCUUAGUGUGGCACUGUUCUUUGCGGGUCUCUUUGGGGCAUUGGCAGCUGUGUUCAUCCUCCUAUCAUUUGGAACUGAUUACUGGCUGCUGGCCUUAGAGAGGUGCCACCAAAACCCUGGCAGAUCUCUUGGCCCGGGUUGUGUGACUGUAGAGGUGGACUCGAAACAGCAGCAGAUCAAGGAAACUCAGCAUGGAGAUGUGGUGGCGUGGAAGAACACUAGUAAUGUGAUUCUAUACCAUGAGGGAUUUUUCUGGAAGUGUUGCUUCACAGGCAUCAUGGGUGAUGAUAAUCUGCCAUGGAAGUUCUGGUUCACAAAUCAACCACAUUCUAAAGUGUGCACACAUGCCUACCUCUUCCCGUUCCCCAUGUCUCAUCACACCAAUGCCACAGAGAAAGAUUCUGCUAUAAUCUACAGAGGUUUCUGGAGCAUCUUUAUGAUUAUUGGUGUGGUAGCUGUGGUGCUUGGUGGGUUGAUUAUCAUCUGGGCAGCUCCAUUCGCCAGCCAUCACCUAUAUAAAGCAGGAGGUGGCCUCUUCCUGGCAUCUGGUCUGUUCCUUUUGUGUGUGGUGGUGAUGUACGUCAUAUGGCUGCAGGCGCUGGCUGUGGUGGAUGACUACAUAGCCUACAAGCGCUCAGCAUGUUCAGAUUUCCACCUGUCCCUCAGCUAUGGCCUGUCCUUCAUGUUUGCCCCCAUUGGCAUCUUCUUCUGCCUUCUAGCUGGUCUUCUUUUUCUUCUUAUUGGCAGAACCAUCCAGAAUUACAACCACUGACUUUAAUCAGCAGCAGGUUAGAAGAAGAGAAGGGUUGAGAUGUUUGGAACCAUUGUUUUUAUUUCAUUUUUUUCCUUACCAGCAGAUAUUUCCUCAUUUUGUCUACCUUGUAAAAACAGGACUCUGCCGGUAUUACUGUACAUGAUCUCACAGGCUAGGACACUGUUUCAACCAUUACUCAGCUCAGAAACAUAAUCCUAAUCACUCCACCUGCAGCUAUGUGCAACUGAGCUACUUUACUGUAUAUAUAUUUCUGUGCAAUAUGUAAGUAGUAAGAGGAAUUCUCAACUAAUCUGAUCACACACAUUAUGAAUGCCUGCAGUGCAUGACAUUUUGUUUAAAUCUAAUUUGUUGGUGCUUCUGAAUGUAAUUAUAUGAAAUGCAAAAAUCACCAGAAAUGAAAUGUUGAUAAGGAAAAAUUCUGUUUGCAUGGGAAUGGUCACUUUUAUAUUGUGUAUAUACAGUAAUGGUAACCAGUGUUUUUGAAAAGAACACAGGCUCAGCAGCCUUUUCUGUAUUCAGUAUAAAGGAUAACACUGAGGAUAUACUAUAUUUUGGUUACUGUACACAAAUCCCAUGAAACGACCAAAACAAACAGUGUGUUUAUUCCCUUGUUCAUUUUAGACUUUGUCUCUGCCACUCGGCUUAUUCAUUUAUAUAGAAAAUGUCACUCUCUGCAAUCCAUUACACAGCAGACAAAUAGAAAGGCUAAAUAAGUUCCUGAAAUGCCUGGGCACUGUACACAGUGCUCAAACAGAAGUAAAGUGUGCAUUCUGGGGGACAAUUUUCAAUUGUGGAUUAUGAUAAUGAUGUUAUGUUAAAUAUUUAUGACAACCUGACAGCAUAUGUUUAUCAGCUUAGUAUAGACUACAGCGUCCAUUUUCAUCAUAAUAAAAUAACAUGUCAGUCAGUGCAACAGUGUGGCUCACCGAUGUUUUAAUUGUUUUUGGACAGUAGCUCUAUGGCACAGAGAAAUAAGAUAAAUCAGGAUUUGACUGCACAGUUGCACUUAUUAGUAGAGUCAGUUCAUUUUUGGUGUUGAUGGGAUUUGUUGAAACUAAGAAAUAUACAGUAGUAGCCUAUAUCAUCAUUUUUAUUCAGAAAUAUCAUCAAAUACAUACUCUGAAUGUAUCCUGUGCCUUUUAUCACAGUGUUUCAGUACAUAGCUUGGAUGCUGUUUUUUUUUUUUGGGGUCAUAUUGUUUAUAGUUUGACCUGCUUAUUUAUCUAGCAUAGUCUUGUUUCUGUUAAUAAGUGAAGCUUGAAGCUUGAAUUACUUUUAUGG